AUGCCUCGUUCAUACUCAUUCCUGUUGCUGGUGUUGCUACCCUGGUUGGCAUUAAGCGCUCGGGAACGUGGUGUCCGUCGUCGAAGUCGCGCACAACAGAAUCGUUACAACUGGCUGGACAAUCAUGCCCCUAAUGGCAUGAAGCUACGGUUGGCUGCCACUGCUGUUGGGGAUGAAGGACUCUUGCACGGAGGGGCAACGUCGGUAAAGGCGCACAACCACAAAUCAGCUCACCGGAACAAGCUAGUUCGACAAGAUAUCCCUUCCGAUAUGGAGAUUCAACGUCAUUUACAAUUGACAGAUGUCCGCGAUCACAAGGACCAGGAUUACUACGAGUUUGAAACACCUGGAGUUGUUAUAGCCCAAGCUCAGGAAAAAGAAGCAAAGGACAAAGAUAAGAACAAGGACAAUGGUGAUCUGGAUGAGCUGGAAGCUGAAGAAGCGGAAGAGGAACAAGAGGAAGAAGAAGAUUUGGAAGAGGAGGAAGAGGAAGAAGAAGUCGAUGUUGACGAGGAAGAUAUGGAGGAGGGCAUGUCCGUAAAUGAUACGGGCAUUGUCAUUGACUACAACAUGACUGACUACAUGAAUGAAACUGAAACUGAAGAUUUCGACUUUGAAGAGCAGGAAGGCGAGGACGAUUUCCCAGUCAUUGACGAAGAUGGGGACGAACAGGCCGUGGAGGCAGCAGAAGAAACUCCUGUCAUGGCGUCAGAGGAGAGCCCCAGCAAAGACGACGACAAAUACUACAACGAUGACGUAGCCGCAGCAAAGGAAAAGGACCAGGAUGAGGACGAUGACGAUGACGAGCCUAUCGUUGAAAGCGCAAUUGGAGAUCCUGAGGAGGACGAACAAGAGGAGGAAGAAGGAGGCAAAGAUAAGGACAAACAGAAAAACAAGGACGAAGACGAAGAUGAAGACGAAGACGAGGAAGAAAUGGAGGAAUCCGAGGAGCUCGAGGAUGACGCUAUAGCGGCUGGCAACUUGACCGAUGCCAAUGCCACUGAUGCGAUGGACAUGCCAACCGAAGAGCCUGAAGAGAUGGAUGGGGAAGAGGAAAUUGAGGUGGAAGAAGAUGAACCAGAAGAGACUGAAGAACCAGAGGAGACUGAGGAACCAGAAGAAAGUGAAGCUACUGAGGAAACAGAAGGAAUUGACGACAUGGAGGAGGUGGUGGAUCCUGAUGUGGCCGUGUCCGAGGCACCCACCGAGGAGAACGUUGCAGUCCUAGCUGGAGAAGCACCCACCACAGCCCCUAACGACGAUUUUUUUGCAACUCCACCGCCCGUUGCUGGGGUUAUGUUGGUGGAACCGGACGACUGCAUUAGCCUUGAUCAAGCCUAUUUCUACAUGGCAAGAUAUGAGCUGAACGAAGCAGCUUGCAUGGAAAAUCCCAAUAGCUGCACUGGUGGUUGCUGCCGUUUAUCGGACCAUGUGGAAUGUGAUGAGGAGAACGCUAGACCCGAGCUGGUGUGCGUGUGCAACCAGAACACCGCGUCUCCGCCAUGA